AUGAAAGCAUAUAUUCAAAUAGUUGGACAAAAUUCACCUGAGGGCCCACCUAGUUUGGUUCUUCAUUACGACUCACAGCGAUACCUGAUCAACUGCCGAGAGGGUACUCAACGACUCUGCGUGCAAGAAAAAGUUAGACUUGCAAAACUGAGCAACGUCUUUUUAACAAGAGUGGAUUGGGAUUGCAUUGGUGGUCUUACAGGUAUGCUUCUUACACUUACGGAUGCUGGUGUGCGGAAUAUUGGCCUUCAUGGAGGAAAGAAUCUAUCUCACUUUGUUGCUGCUACUAGACAAUUCGUAUAUAGAACCAACGCAACAGUAAAUGUUCAUGAAUUCAGUGACACAUCCAAGCCAUUCAGCGACAAGAAUUUGACAAUGACACCAGUUGUAGUGCUUCCAACCAGUUCAAAAAAGAGAAAUUAUGACCAAUAUAGCGGCAGUAGCAGUGGCAGUGAUAAUAGUAGCGAGAGUAACAGCAGUAAUGAAUCAUCGUCCAGUGGAAGCACCAAAUUCACAAAGAAUAGCAUCUUGUCUCAAGUAGAAGCCGAUGAAUAUCGGCAGAAAGUGAUUUCGCUCAUGUUUACAAACGUCAGCAAAGGGGAAAAGGCACCUGGACACACCAUUGAAGCGGAUUGUUCACCUAGACCACCAUCACCUUCAAAAGCAACCAAAACAGCACAUCCACUCUCCUCAGCAACCUUAGCUACAGAGGAUCUUGCAAUGGAAAAGGCCGUGACAAAUCAAAGGGACCAUUUGAUGAGAGGAUUACCUAGAACAAAACCAUACCCAGCAGCUGUCAGUUACAUUUGUCAAGGUGUGCCAGUGCCACGUAAAUUCAAUAAAAAGGCCGCACUUGCACUUGGUCUCAAGCUAGGACCUCUCUGCGGCCAGUUACAAAAGGGUAUCUCGGUCACCUUGGAGGAUGGACGAGUGAUUACUCAGGAUAUGGUCUGUGACCCAGAGAUACCAGGUCAUGUGUUUAUGGUGAUUGAUUGCCCUCACAUCAGCUACAUUGAUAACCUUAUACACUCGCCCAAAUUCAAAGACUAUCAAACUGGAGGUGCUCGUAAAGUGAAUGUCAUGAUUCAUUAUGUUGGCAAGAAUGUGCUUCAAGACGCAAGGUACAAGAAAUGGCUUCAAUCUUUUGACGCAACCACCGAUCAUAUUUUCGGAUCUACAGAGAUUUGUGCUCAAAGCGUUCAGUUCACAUCACAUGCUGUUGGCCAAGUAAAACUGUCCAUGUUGAAUGAGAAUAUCUUUCCCAUUCCAAAAUACAGCAACACGCCAUCCUUGCCCUUGGAUCAGAUCGAGGGGUUGCCUAAAAAUAGCUAUAGAUUAGAAAGCAUGGCUCAAUAUAGUCUCGAGCCUAGAAGCGGUAUACAGUAUUUGGAUAGGCCCGCAUUCAAUCACACCAAUUUUGAGAUUCCCGAAAUCAAGAAAAUAGACGACGACAAGGAAUACCACGAAGCUGUUCGAUUAUCCAGAGUGAAAGCAUCUCAAGUGGACUGCAGCAAGAGAUUUCCUGGCGAUGAUGUGCAAAUCAUCACACUUGGCACAGGCAGCUCGAUUCCAGCAAAGUAUAGAAAUGUAAGUGCUACUCUGGUCAGGAUUCCUGGUUACGGAUCCAUCAUGCUGGAUGCAGGCGAAGGCACCUAUGGUCAAAUGAUGCGACGAUUUGGCAUUGAACGGUUGGACGAAGAGAUGAGAGCUAUUCGAUGUAUAUUCAUUUCCCAUUUGCACGCUGACCAUCAUUUGGGUGUUGUACAAUUAAUUAACAAAUGGAACAAGGCUUCUGAUAAAUCUGCCGUCUUGACAGUGGUGGGGCCUUUUGUGUAUAAACAUUGGUUGAGUGAAUACAGCGAUAUUGAAUACGUGGGAUCCAGAAGAAGCCGAGUCAAGUUUAUUCGAAAUGAAAGCAUCCUCAAGGACAAGGCGACCAAGGGCCAAGAUCUCGCCAAUUUGAACGAGUUGAAAAACGCACUUGAUCUUACCGUGAUUGAGCCAGUAGAAGUUGUGCACUGCAGAUGGGCGUAUGGUCUAUCGAUUCAGCACAAGUCUGGCUGGAAGCUUGUUUAUUCUGGCGAUACCCGUCCUUGUGAUAAACUGGUUGAAUCAGGAAAAGAUGCCACAUUAUUGAUACACGAAGCAACACUUGAAGACGCCGAGUUGGAGAAGGCCAAAGCCAAACGCCACAGCACAACAGGAGAAGCUAUUGACGUUGGAAAGAGGCAAGUUUAG